AUGUUCCCAGCGACACUGGACUCAAAACCGUGGUCCAGGAAAUUAGUUCUUGCACAGACACCGAGUCACUUCGAGAACUCGGGCAAGGCUACUUGGACCACUUUGUUCGAGCUUUUCGGUGCCCCAAAGGUCCCGCCUGGUGACCAGCCUCUUAAUAACCAGGCCUUGAUUCGGGAUCGAUAUCGCUGCGCAAUUUCUGGCGUCAUUGAUCGUGACUCUGCCCGCAACAUACAAGAACUUAUGGAUAUACUCACUUCAGAGGAGGAAGCCAGGGCGGACCUCACACAUUGCAUCUAUAUAUUCUCUGAGUCAACGAAUACCAAUAUUCUUUGCGAUUCCGAGAAAGAGAAAUAUGCGGCGUCCAUAUGGACUGUCAUGAGUCGCUUCGGCUAUGAACAUAUUCCAGAUGAGCUGAAUGGCUCCAGGAUCCACCGCUUAGAGAAUGUCAUGACUCUGACACCAUCUUUGCAGGAGAUGUUCGACACUCUAAGGCUUUGGUUCGUUCAUGAGGUCGGAAAUACUUACAGAAUUCAAACACCAGAAAGCGAACGUGUCUUUGUUCGCCACUAUCCGAAAGAAAUCACGUUUACCUCGACGGUGCCAGAGAAGCUUUCCGUCCCCUCGCGAGAGUACUUGGCCAUUCACGCGGCUUGUGCUAAGGUGGCUCAUCUUUCUGGUGCAGCUGAGUACAUCGACCACUUGUAUCGAGACAUGGAGGAGAUGAAGACCCUUUCAAACGAUGGGUCCUCCGCAGACACCCUGGAGCAGGCUAUUUCUGAUCGCAUCUGUCACAAGAUUGCAGCUUAA